UGAGACGUGAACCGGGACUCAGCGCAGCAGCGGCGGCAGCAACCUCCAUCCGCCCCUCCGGCGACAUGGACUCCCAGACGGCGCUGCCCCGGGCGCUCCUGUUCCUCCUGUUCUUGCACCUGUCGCUGCUAGGAUGUCAUUCCCACCCGCUAGGUGGCCCCGGCCCGGCCUCGGGACUGCCUGGGAUACAGGAGCUGCUGGACCGUCUGCAAGACAGGGUCUCGGAGCUGCAGGCCCAGCAGAUGGACCUGGAGCCCCUCCAGCAGGGCCGCAGCCUCGCAGAAGCCUGGGAGACCCGCGAAGCCGCCCCCGCAGGGCUCCUUGGGCCCCGCGAGAGCAUCCUCCAGGCCCUGCGGGGAAUACGCAGCCCCAAGAUGAUGCGCGACUCGGGCUGCUUUGGGCGGAGGCUGGACCGGAUCGGCUCCCUCAGCGGUCUGGGCUGCAAAGUGCUGAGGAGGUAUUAAGAGGCGGUCCUGGCUACAAACCUGGCUGCAUCUGAUUCUCCAUCAACCCUCUGCUGCCCUUUGAAGCAGCUCCUAUUUAUUUUUACUAAUUUAUUUAUUUAUUUGGUUGUUUUAUACAUUUGGUUCUUAUCUUUGAGCACAAAUUUUCCAUGAUGAAAUAAAGUCAAUAUUGGAACUUU